AUGGGUAAGGAGAAAACUCACAUCAACAUUGUGGUGAUUGGCCACGUGGAUUCUGGGAAAUCGACCACAACAGGUCACCUGAUCUACAAAUGUGGAGGCAUCGACAAGAGAGCCAUCGAGAAGUUCGAGAAGGAGGCAGCCGAGAUGGGGAAGGGCUCCUUUAAGUACGCCUGGGUGAUGGAUAAGCUCAAGUCAGAGCGCGAGCGCGGCAUCACGAUCGACAUCGCGCUCUGGAAGUUUGAGACGGAGAAAUUCUACGUCACCGUCAUCGACGCGCCGGGACACCGUGACUUCAUUAAGAACAUGAUCACCGGAACCUCACAGGCUGACUGUGCCGUGCUGAUCGUGGCGGCGGGGAUCGGAGAGUUCGAGGCGGGAAUCUCCAAGGAAGGUCAGACGCGUGAACACGCUCUGCUGGCAUACACGCUGGGCGUCAAACAGCUGAUCGUAGGCGUGAACAAGAUGGACUCCGCCGGGUUCAAAGAGUCGCGCUUCGAUGAGGUUGUCAAGGAGGUGUCGUCUUACAUCAAGAAGGUCGGGUACAACCCGCAGGCCGUGGCCUAUGUCCCCAUCAGCGGUUUCCAUGGAGACAACAUGCUGGAAGCUUCAGACAGAAUGCCGUGGUUUAAGGGAUGGAAUAUCACCAGGAAGGAGGGGAACGCCUCCGGAAAGACUCUUUUCCAGGCUCUGGAUGCCAUCCUGCCCCCCAAACGGCCUACAGAUAAACCCCUGAGGUUGCCACUGCAGGACGUCUACAAGAUCGGAGGUAUUGGGACGGUGCCGGUGGGCCGGGUGGAGACGGGUAUCCUGAAGCCAAACAUGUUGGUGACGUUCGCUCCUCCGAACGUGACGUCAGAGGUGAAGUCGGUGGAGAUGCACCACGAGGCGCUGAGCGAGGCACUGCCCGGAGACAACGUGGGCUUCAAUGUCAAGAACCUGUCCAUCAAGGACAUCAAGCGGGGGAACGUUGCCGGGGAUAGCAAGAACGACCCACCGCGCGCCGCCGCCUCCUUCAGCGCUCAGGUGAUCAUGAUGAACCACCCCGGCGAGGUCCACGCCGGCUACGCACCCGUGCUGGACUGCCACACUGCCCACAUCGCCUGCAAGUUCGACGAGCUGAAGGAGAAGAUCGACCGCCGCAGCGGCAAGAAACUCGAAGACAACCCCAAACAUAUCAAGAGCGGAGACGCCGCCAUUGUCAAGCUGGUGCCGUCCAAACCCAUGGUGGUGGAGAGCUACAGCGACUUCCCACCGCUGGGUCGGUUUGCGGUCCGCGACAUGAAGCAGACGGUGGCGGUCGGCGUGAUCAAGUCGGUGGAGAAGAUCGAUGCCGCAACGAAGUUGACCAAGUCUGCGGCAAAGAAGAAGUGAUGUCACUUCCUAUCAGCCAUGUUUACUGUGUCUAUCAAUCAAUCGUCAAUAAAACCCCUCG